AUGGUUGACCACCAGUUUCCAACAAACCUCACAUCACCAUUCAUGGCAAAGAAAGGAGAUUUUCAAGAUUCAGCUUCUAACAUCAGUGGUGAUGAGUCAGUCUUUCCCGCAAGUACAUUAUCAGCACACAGUGAUCUGGAAUCCUGUUCUGACAUGACUUCCUUAUUUCUGACGACUGCUCCAUCAACAACUGGUUCAGGUUGGUUAGAUGAGAGUGGGUUUUAUCUGUCAACUGGUUAUAAGAAUGCAAGAGACACUGUUGACUUUGCAAAGUGGACAAAACAUGAUGAUACAGAUAUCACAACCCAAGGAAAAACUGUCAGUUCAUCAAGAUCCAGGACCCCUAGCCCAGGUAUUAGUAAGAUGCUCCUGAGCUUGUCUGACCAUCCUGUGGAAAGACCAUGUUCCCCAAAUGCUUCAUCAUUGUACAGAAACACCAAAACACACUGCAACCCAUCAGAGCUUGGACAACAGACUUAUGAUGAAUGUAUGGUAAGUUAAUGUUAACAAUGGCCUUACCCCACAGAUAAAAUAUUUAAGUUAGUAAUGCUACAUGAAUCCCUGAAAGGAUCGUUUAGUGCGAUUGUCUGACCUCAUUGAAAGGAUUGUUCUCAGCAAUGUUCCAAAUAUUGAUAUCUCUGAGAACAGUUCUUUUCUGAACCUUUGCCAGAUGUGUGCAUCAAACUUAUUCAGGAUUCAAAUUGUUGGCUGCAACUUUUAAAAACCCCUGCCUUGCUACUGAUACUAGGAUUUUCAGUUGAGUGAAGUAUGACAGAAGUUGGGGAACCAUCUUGAUGUGAAAAUUGUCAUGUUGUCAUGAGAAAAUGGCUCUAUUUCCAGUGGGAAUGAGUUUUCUUGUUUGAUGGUUGAUGACAUAGGGCUCUUGAGAUUCAAUUACCAUUGGAGAAGAGGGAGGUAGGUUGUGACAACUCCUUUAUCAAACUUUUUCCAUACCUCACUCAAAUGAUAAUGUUUGUAUCAAAAUUUGAAAUCUGUUGUGCAAUUUUUACAAUGGAGUUAUUUCAAAAUCUUAUCAAGUCAGUCUCAGUUUCCAUAGAUUGUAGCUGAGCUUCUCCUGCUUCCUUUGUUGUUGUAGGUAAGGGAAGUCUGAUAGUCUACUUUUUUUCUCUCUUGCAGAAAUUCACGAGAUGGGCAAAUGCAUUUCUUCAACACAGCCAAGAUCAGUUUUUAAUCACUGAUUUGGUGAGGGACUUGGGAGAUGGCAUUACCUUGUUAAGCUUGGUUGAGAUGUUAGGUAGGUCUUCAAUAUUCUAGUAAAUAAAUCUAAAGGUUGCAAAGAUCCCUCUUUUCUCAUUUCAAAGGUCUUAAAACUUGAUUGAUUGUCUGGAAACUCAACAUAAUAAAUUCUUGAAUGUUCCUAAGUAAUUGAUUCUUUGAUUCUAAAAGUGUUCAAGAAUCAUGGAUAUAGGACUGAGUUUUGAGAUAUUGGGCUUCCAUGAAAAUCAAUUUUUUUCCAUGUUACAUAAUUUUCAAGGUAUAAUCAAUUGAUAUACACUAUACAAUAUGUGUGACUGCUGAAAGAAUAAACUUCUGGGUGGAGAGGUUGACUGUGAGGGGAAGUUAGUGGUUGGAGGCCAUUAUCAGGACUCCUAUGUGAAAUUGUUGAUUCAGUGUGUGAAGGAAUAGCCAGGUUAGAUCAGGGAAUUUAAAAAACCUUUUACUGCAGCAAAGAGAGAUUUUUUUAUGAGAAAUAUCACUUGAACUACAAUUACUAUGCUUAAUGAGUUUUGUUCCAACUGUGUUCCAACUUUACCAUUUUCUUUUCAUGAUUAUUUAUUUUUAUAACUUUUUUCAUGAUGAAUGUUAUCACAGUUGGGGAGUGUCCUCCUCAAAUACAUAUAAAGCCAGCACUAGAUGUGCAGAAGAUGGAGAACAUUCAGACUUGUCUGGACUUUUUGGAGCACUAUGGAAUUUCUGUCAAUGGAGUCACUGCAGAUGGUUAGAUCAACAUAGUUAAUGUGAGAGUAUCAACAGUUGUCUUGUGGGUUGGUAUGGCCCUAUGCGGAAAGUGCCAUUUCUCUAGGUUGUGUUGUGGAUUAGUUCUGUGUCACUUGAAAGGGGAUUAUUAGUCCCUAAAAUAGAUUAGCAAACCCUUUCACUCUCAGGAGUGACUUGGAACUAAUUUUCCCUUACAAUAUCAAUAUGCUAUAAAGCAGGCAGGUGAUGAGAAUGAAGAAAAUUAUCAACUAAACGAUAAGUAUUUGACUCUCAUGAAACACCAAAUUCUCAGAAGCAACAUAAUGGGAAAUGUAGGGCAGAAAGUAAAGAGAAGUAUUGUUGAGGUCCCAGGAGUGAAAGGAUUAAGAAAACACAAUCCACAUUAGAAGUAAAUAUGUAGUAAUUGGUGCAACAAAACACUGUAUUACAUUUAUAUUAUAAAGGUGUUGAAUAACUACAGUCCUUUCAUCAUUCUUGAUGUUUUUAUCCCUACACUAGAGACCUUGGGUAUUAACUUAAAGGUAAUUUGUUCUGCCUGUGGAGCAAUUUCUAUAUUAUUUUACACAAGCAUCAUAUGAAUAUUUCUGGUUUUUGUUUUAGAUAUUGUGAGAGGAAACCUCAAAGUUGUGUUGGCUUUAUGUCAUAGUCUUUACAGACGCGCUGGCUCAAAUGGAGGUAAUCGUUGUUAAUUUCCUUACACAAACUCGGAUAUUUAGGGAGUAAAAUUAUUCAAUAUUUGAUUUGCUCCCAGCCAAUGAACAAGCUGAAAUGUUUGCGUGUGUGUUGCUACCAAUACUAACCACUCAGGGGCUGCAUUUUUUUUCACUAGUAAGUGAUCCUCAAAUUUCUCAUUUGGUGGACAAUGACGAAUUGUCACUGUUAAGCUGGGUGGCAAAGGUUACUGGCAAAGAUGUUGUUGAUUAUGGGAGGUGAGCACACUAAUAUUGUCUUUCCCCUUCACUCUUUACACUCUAACAUCAGUAUGCAUAUUUUCUAUAAUAUUCUUCACACAUUUUCUAUGGUACUGACAAAGAGAAUUUAUUUAACAGUUAAGAGCUUCUUUAGUUUGAAAUGAUUUCCUUUAUACUCAUGCCCUUAAUGUGUGAUUCAGGGGUGAUAUUGUAAGGAGAAAUAGAUGCUAGUCACUCUUAGUGGUAAAAGGGUUUACUGAAUUUGGUUAUGACUACUUUCUGGGCAAAAACUGUGGGAAACAAGAAGAGAAAGUGCUUCAGUAUUUCAACAGCUUUACCUUCAGAGCACAUGAUGCCAUCUUUACCAAUUAGAGAAUGGAAAUAAGCUUUCUUGUGUUGUACAAUGGCUAUCUGUUUUACUUUGCAGUUUUCAAGAUGGCACAGUGUUAUGUUUGCUAUUAAACAAGAUUAUUGAAGGAGCUAUUCCAAGCUUGGUAAGUGCAAAAGAAAGGAAUGUAGGGCUUGAAAUUAAAUUCUUAUUUGCAAAGAACUCACUGAUUGAACAUUACAGUAGCCUUAACCUAUCAUUUUAUUAAAAAUCCUCCAAAUAUUCUUUACACUUCUUCAAAUCGAAAGGGAUAAAAGAAGAAAGUGAUGUGACUGCUGAAAUACUUGAAAGUGAGCCACCUGAUCUUUCCCUCUUCCACUCUUCCUUCAAAUUAAUACACAGAUAUUUUGCAUCUUGAAAAACUGCGGAACCUAUUAUUUUCAAUUUCAAGUUUAUUGUUUGGCAUCCAUGUUAUUAUUUUCUAUUUUCAACCAUUGCUUAUCCUUAGCAGAGGCGGAUCCAGAUCUUGGGCAAAGAGGGGGGUGAGGAGAGUGGUGGUUGUUUGUCACUUGCUCUGCCAGCUUUUUUUCCGUCUGCAAUUUUUUUUAACCCAAAAUAAGGGGGGGGGGGGGGGGCCCUCCCCAAGAUCCACCACUGCUUACCCCAUCAAACAAUUUAUCUGUGGACUUCCUUGACAUAUGAGACAAUUUUAUUGCAUUGCUAGAGCGAUUUAUAACAUUGUGACAUGCUUACAGUUUUCUCUUUUUUUGCAGGUUUUAGAAUAUGGCUCAACGUCUGAAAAACUAAGCCUUGCUUUAAAAGUUUCUGCUGAACAGCUACUUGUGGGACUCAGUCUGAAGGCAGAGAGCAUCAUAGAUCAAAGAUGUCGAGAACAUUUCAUGGAGUAUUUGAAAUCGUUGUAUCGAGUGUAUAAAAACAAAUCCAACAAGGCGUUUGAUGCAUUUGAGCAGAGGAACUCAAGAAGGGAGCACAAAAGGCAGUUAAUUAGAGAACAAAAACUUCGCGCAGAGAGGUAUGGCUCUGAUUUGACUUAUCUUGGAGAACUUAGCCAGGAUAAAUCCCGUAUUGCACGGGAGAAAUUGCAGGUUUCUCUGGCUAACGCCUCGAAGGGUGUGUCAAGCAGUGAAGGUGUAAUAAGCCCAAGAGGGCUGAAGAGCCUUGAAAACGACGAUUUGAGUGCUGUAACGUAUGGAUCUCAUACCUUAACUAGAAAUGGAGUUUUAAACAACACUAAACGGAAGCUGGAUGAUUUGAAAAAAGAACUGGAACUUUUGAAGGUUGAGCUAAGAGAGGAUAACAAUGAAAAGCGCUGCGAUCAAAGUUACUUAAGGUCAGAUUCUCCCUCCCGAGAUUAUUUCACGAGUGGACGUGGAGAACCAAUUUCGCGAAGUAAGCAAGUAAACACCAGAUUAGAGCUUAGACAUGUUUUUCGUGGACAAGGAGGCACAUCCAUGGGUGAGAAAACUCAGAAAAAUGGUCAUAACAGUGACGUAUCUGUAGAAAGAACUACAAAGGUCUGUGAUGCUGAUUCUAGUGGUGGUAAACCCUUUUUACUGCGUGUUACCUUGGAAACUUCCCAAGGAACGUGGAUGAUUCAAGUUCACGAGGAGGACUUGGUCAUGCAAGUGAUGGUAUGAGUGUCACACUGAAAGACAUGAUUGAACAACCUCUAUCCUCCAUUCACGAAGUAACUAGCACUUCUUCUCUCGAGGACCACCCUAAAUCAGUGUUGCCUUCGCAGACAAGUAGUAGAAUGCAUUUUGAUAAACCCCAUGCUGUGGAAACUAAAGAAAUUAGCAACUUGUUCGAUGUCGACUUUGGUAACGUGGAUGAGAACAAGGGUGGCGAUUGGGAAACAUCUGUUUUCAAGAGGAUGCUUAGAGCUGGAACUGAGGCAAAACCAGGAGAACGUAAUUUACGCGAUGAUCUGGAUAGUCAGACUGUGUGUUCCGUGAGUCAAGGGAAUUUUAAACCCGGUGCUCUAGCGAAAACGUCUUUAGCGAAGCCUCAUAGAGAGCAGGAGAGAUACAAGGUUUUGGAUAAAUCGUUUGGUUUAUCACCUUCAAUUAAGCCAGUUCAAUACGAAGAAAAAGUACCCAUGAGGGAGAAAACCUCUAUGGAUGUGGCUACGAAUGGCACCACCAGAAAACAAGUAAUAGUUCCUCAAAGGACUCUUUCUAAAGACAAACGCCAUAGUGAACAAGUUGUAGCCAAGAAUCCUGCCAAAAGUGUCCAGGCACCAUCGUCUAAAUCACAUCUGCAUGCACUUACUGCGCUCAUACGGAUGAGCGCUAAAAAUGCCAGCGCUAUGUUUGACGAGGAGCCUUAGUGAACCGUUUCGAUAUAAAGUGCUGAUUAUUAGUUAUUAUUAAUUUUUACAUUUUCAUCUUCGAAUAUUCUGGUUGGUUCACUUAACUCCGGUUAUCAAUAUCAUUGAUAACUUCCGUUAUUGUUAGCUUUUUUUUCCUCAGCACUUUAGUGGUACGAAUUUCAUUUCGUUCAUAAUCAGGACAUUGUUUCAGGGUUCUCAAAAACAUUUUGAGUAAGCGGACGGUGCAGUACUAAAGGUCGAAGACCCUCUGCGGGCAAAGGCUCCUGGAACCACAAGCAUUCGAAAUAGCCGGCGCAUUUUUCAGAGUAGAAUGAAAAGUACCUUUUGACAACCCUGACAUUGUUCUAUAAUUGAUUAUUUUUAAGUUCUCCACACAACUGGUCAGUUGUUAGGUGGCUCAGUUCUGCUACUGCUUAGUCUGAUUCAGCCCACAGCACGCAUUUUCUCAGAAGCUGCUCCAAAAGAUAUUUUUUUAUACAUCAAGUCGAAAAAUAAAUGGUUACUUUUCUGUAAAAUAUGACUAAAGAGAAAUUCUUACGUAUUUAUAGAGGUUGAGAAGCCACCAGCUAUUUUAUUAGUAAUUAAAACUGUACAUUGCUAUACAAACCCCCGUAGACUUAAAAACAUUUUUCAUGUCCUCUAACGUCAUUUUCAAGUUAAUGUGGCAGGUUAAAAUAGCGUCUUUGCAAAAUUUGAAAUUUUUUUCUAUGGUAAAGGAGAUUUUUAAGUUAGUCAUGUAAUGUCUGAGAAAGUUAAUUUAAAUAAAAAUUGCC